GGGUUAGAAGAAACGAAUACAGUAGCACCCAUCACACGCGAACCGACACACACACUCUAGACUAGUGCUGUUCAUCUUGUUGAGCUUCAUUGUCGUAAACCAAGACCACAAACAACCAGAGAUCUCAUCCUAUGAACACCCCCAUGUCCCCGAUCCACACAUUCUAACCUCUCCUUACACACAUUCAUCGCUGUACAUUCCUCUGUCGUACAAUAUAUGUAUCUCUACAUGUAUAUCCCGUGUUAAUUGACGAGGAGCAAACAACAAUAGUACUAAGAUGUCUGGGGGAUACAUGUCGGCGGCGUUCGAUUCGAAGACGGGGCAGAUAUUAUUAAUAGCAUUGUUUGUUAUGAUUGCUUCUUUUUAUGCUGGCACUUUGUUUUCUCACAACUCUGAUCCCUUUGUUCCUCAGCAACAACUCAUCUCUAAUUCAUCUUCUUCUGCAGGUAGAAAUGCGUUUACGAAUCGGGUUAUGCUUUCUUAUCGGAAAACGCCACUUGAGAUUCCGAGAGAUGGAAUGAAUGUUUGCCCAUUGCAAUUCAAUGAGUAUAUACCGUGCCAUGAUCCUUCAUAUGUGAAAGAAUUGAUUCCUAAGCUGGAUCUUACUAGGAAGGAAGAGCUGGAGAGGCAUUGUCCUCCUCUUGAAAGACUUCUGUUUUGCUUAGUUCCUCCUCCUGUUGAAUAUAAGUUACCCAUUAGAUGGCCCACAAGCAGAGAUUAUGUUUGGCGUAGCAAUGUUAAUCAUACCCAUCUUUCGGAGGUGAAAGGAGGGCAAAAUUGGGUGCAUGAGAAGAACGAACUGUGGUGGUUUCCAGGAGGUGGUACUCAUUUUAAGCAUGGUGCAACUGAAUACAUUGAGAGGUUAGGAAAUAUGAUAACCAACGACACUGGUGAUCUUCGUUCUGCUGGAGUAUAUCAAGUUUUGGAUGUUGGAUGUGGGGUUGCUAGCUUCUCAGCUUAUCUUCUUCCUUUAGACAUUCAAACCAUGUCAUUUGCUCCAAAAGAUGGUCAUGAGAAUCAAAUUCAAUUUGCGCUGGAGCGAGGUAUUGGUGCUAUGAUUUCUGCCCUGGGCACGAAGCAGCUACCAUAUCCCAGUCAUUCGUUUGAAAUGGUACACUGCUCAAGGUGCCGUGUUGAUUUUCACGAGAAUGAUGGUAUUUUAAUUAAAGAAGUGAACCGCCUUCUGCGUCCAAAUGGAUAUUUUGUCUAUUCUGCACCACCAGCUUAUAGGAAGGAUAAAGAUUACCCAGCAAUUUGGGAUAAGCUGACAAAUCUGACUUCUGCAAUGUGCUGGAAACUAAUUGCAAGAAAAGUGCAAACAGCAAUUUGGAUUAAGCAGGAUGAUCAGUCAUGUCUCCUUGCCAAUGCAGAGAAGAGGCUCAUCAGCAUAUGUGACUCUAGUGAUAACUCUAAACCAUCAUGGAAAACUCCUAUGCAGGAUUGUGUUCCUUCAAGUACUCCAGACUCUGGUUCCCAAAAACUUCCUCCUAUGCCACAGCGUCGUUCAGAAUACUCAGAAAGUCUUAAUAGUAUAGGUAUUGAUCGAGAAAUAUUUAUAUCGAAUACCCUCUACUGGCAAGAUCAAGUUCGCCACUACUGGAGGUUGAUGAAUACUGAUGAGGCAUCUGUCCGUAAUGUCAUGGACCUGAAUGCUCACUAUGGGGGAUUUGCCGUUGCUAUGGGUACAUGGCCUGUCUGGGUGAUGAAUGUGGUUCCAGUAAGCAUGAACAAUACACUUGAAGCUAUAUAUGGCCGAGGUUUGAUCGGUGCUUUUCAUGACUGGUGUGAACCAUUUUCAACAUACCCACGUUCAUAUGAUUUGUUGCAUGCUAAUCAUCUAUUUUCUCACUAUAACAAACGCGAAGAAGGCUGUUUGCUUGAGGAUAUCAUGUUGGAAAUGGAUCGUGUCUUGAGACCUCAGGGUUUUGUUAUUAUUAGAGAUGAAGAAUCCAUUAUAUCAAGAAUAAAAGAUAUAGCUGCCUUGUUUCUGUGGGAGGUAGCAUCACAUUCACUGGAAAAUGAACAAAAGCAAAUGGAGACUGUGUUAAUAUGCCAAAAGAAGUUCUGGGCAAUUUCAUGAGACAUCUUCAUAGAGGUUGACUGUGUUAAUAUGCCAAAAGAAGUUCUGGGCAAUUUCAUGAGACAUCUUCAUAGAGGUUGAAUCAAUACAACCUUGUUGAGGACCUGCAGGUUGCUUGUACCAUAUCUAUCUUGUUGAACAAAAUUAGUUUAUUUAUUCAUAGUGCUAACUUUGUUGUAAUUUAUAGUUUCUUACAAUUACUACAUGCGAUGAGGGAUUUCAUCUUCACUUCACAGAUCAAUCCAAGGUUUAUAGCAUAGAUACCUGUUUCGGGUGUUGAGGGAGAAAUUUUACAGUUCUCUUGUACUUUCCAGAAUGAUAUUUAUAACAAAUUUAAUUUUAUGUCGUCA